CUAAAGAAUGCCAGUUCGCAGUAAUCUUAACAAGGUGCAACAGGCUAUAUGAGAACUAUUAUGUUGCUGAAACUACUACUGAUCGUUCUACUUGCUUUCGACUUCACCAUUUACGCGAAUACAGAGACUGCUCCAAGAGUUAGAACACCUUUGGGAGGACUGAAAGGUUACUACAAAACCUCGCAAAAUGGCAGAAAAUACGAAGCUUAUGAAGGGGUUCCUUACGCUUUGCCACCUGUUGGGAAAUUACGAUUUAAACCCCCUCGGCCAAUACCAACAUGGAUUGGUGAACUAUCGGCUACAAAAUUAAGUGCCGUAUGCAUUCAAUAUGAUCAAGUGCCAGAACAUCCUCCGGAGAAAGUUGUAGGUGCCGAAGAUUGUUUGUAUUUAAAUGUUUACGUGCCAGUACGAGAAAAAGAAGGAAAUAAAAUCUCAAUGCCGGUAAUAUUUUGGAUCCAUGGCGGAGCAUUCCAAUGUGGUAGCGGUAUAUUGUAUGGACCCAAAUAUCUAAUGGAUCAUGAUGUUAUACUUGUCACAAUUAACUAUCGAUUGGGACCUAUGGGUUUUCUCAGUACGGAAGAUGAAAUAGUUCCUGGCAACAUGGGUCUGAAAGACCAAAAUAUGGCACUUCGUUGGGUAUCACAGAACAUCGAAUGGUUUAGUGGCGACCCUAAAAAAGUGACAUUGAUCGGUUUAAGUGCUGGUGGUGCGAGCGUACAUUAUCAUUACUUAUCGCAAAUGAGCGCUGGACUCUUCCGAAAUGGUAUAUCGUUUAGCGGUACAGCAUUUGAUUGUUGGACGCAAGCUGAGAACUCUUUAGAGAAGGCCAAGAAAUUGGGCGCUUUAAUGGGAUGUCCUACAAUUAGCUCCAGAGAUAUGAUACGUUGCUUGAGAUAUCGUCCAGCUCGUGCAAUCGUACAAACUACAAGUGAAUUUAUGCCAUUCUUUUUCAAUCCCUUCACUCCUUUCGGGCCGGUAGCUGAGAAAUUUGGUGAUGAAACACCGUUCAUCGAUAGAACACCCAUUGAGAUUAUCAAUAGCGGAGACAUUCAGGAUAUACCUUGGGUUACAGGAGUAACGAGUGAAGAAGGCCUUUAUCCUGUGGCUGAGUUUAUUGCUGAUGAUCAAAAUCUGAAACAGUUGAACGAUAAUUGGGAUAUUCUUGGGCCAGACUACCUUGAUUUUAAUUAUACUAUCCCGAGAGAGAAGCAUAUCGAGAUUACUCGGCUUGUUAAGAAACAUUACUUUGGUACAAAACCAAUCGAUCGACAAAGUACGAAAGAACUGAUACGAAUGUCGAGUGAUCGCUUCUUCGUCGUAGAUAGCGAGAAAGCUGCGCGAAUGCAGGCCAAAGUAAAUAAGAAUCCAGUUUGGUAUCAUUACUUUACUUACAGAGGUGCGCAAAGCUUAAGCAAUGCUUACAGCGGUACCACCGUGAAUUAUGGCGUCUCACAUGGCGACGACGUAGUCUAUGUGUUAAAUACUUCCUGGGUAGAUCCACUUACAACACAAAAAGAUCGCGAUAUGCAAAAGCAUUUAAUCGACUUUUGGGUAUUGUUUGCCACAGAAGGAAUUCCGAAGGUAGCCAAUGUGGAAUGGCCUAGAUUAGAUCCUUCAAAGAAGGAGCUUCAUUAUUUGCACAUAGCUGGUCCUGAUAAGAUUAACAUGGACAGCAAUCCUAACUUUGGAGAAAAAGAAUUCUGGAAUUCGAUCAAUUUUAAGGAGAAUAUAUUGAAGCACUCAGGAAUCAAUAAAGAUGAGCUUUAA